AUGGGUCUCACAUUUUCGAAGCUGUUCGAUAAGCUAUGGGGAAAGAAGGAGAUGCGCAUUCUCAUGGUCGGUCUUGACGCUGCCGGAAAGACCACCAUUCUCUACAAGCUCAAGCUCGGUGAAAUCGUCACCACCAUCCCCACCAUCGGUUUCAACGUCGAGACCGUCGAGUACAAGAACAUUCAGUUCACCGUGUGGGAUGUCGGCGGUCAGGACAAGAUCCGUCCUCUGUGGAGGCAUUACUUCCAGAACACCCAGGGUAUCAUCUUCGUCGUUGACAGCAACGAUCGCGACCGUGUUGUUGAGGCGCGUGAGGAGCUCCAGCGCAUGUUGAACGAGGACGAGCUGCGGGACGCUCUCCUCCUUGUCUUUGCCAACAAGCAGGAUUUGCCUAACGCCAUGAACGCCGCUGAGAUCACCGACAAGCUUGGUCUUCACAGCCUCCGACAACGUGCCUGGUACAUCCAGUCGACUUGCGCUACCUCCGGUGACGGUCUCUACGAGGGUCUCGAAUGGUUGAGCAACUCUCUCCGCAAGGCCGGCCACAACUAA